AUGUGGUUGAUGUUUGUGACUAGAGAGAAGGAACUUGAGCUUAUUUUUUGGGAUGAAAUGCCCGACAAUUCACCUUUAUGGUCUACUUUCUAUGUUCAGGGUGGUAAUGGAUAUGCAAAGGAUUCGUAUUUUAAGAAUCUCAAUGUUGAUACUGUUUCCAACCCUAUAAUCACUGAUCAAUAUUACUACGCAGUGGCAGGUGCCUUCGCGCUUCAGGGUGGUAAUGGAUAUGCAAAGGACUGGUACUUUAAGAACCUUAAUGUUUAUACUGUUUCCAACCCUAUAAUCACUGAUCAAUAUUACUACGCAGUGGCAGGUGCCUGCGCGCUUCAGAAUGUGACAUACGAGCAUUUCACUGGAACAUCAGCUACACAAGCAUCAGUGGUUGUAAACUGCAGUCCAGCUAUUCUUUGCACUGACCUAACGUUUAAUACCAUAUUAUUAUCGCCUGCAAAAUGGGGAGAAAUUGUUAAGUCAGUUUGUAUUAAUGCUCAUGGAGAAAGAGCUGGAUUGCUUCAUCCUAAGAUACCAUGUCUGCUUAAUUGA